AUGCUGGAAAACGCUGGCUUCCGAAAACUUCAUGAACACCAGACAUGGAACGAAAAAUUAUACGUCGGGGGUAGGUACUAUGUCCAGCGCAACCAGUCAUCGCUACUUGCCUUUGUGAUAGGUAAAAAAUAUGAGGCUGGUCAAGGUGUGCAUAUUGUCGGCGCGCAUACGGACUCGCCAAAUUUGCGCAUUCGACCCGUGUCGAGGCGUACAAAAGAGGGGUACUUGCAGUGUUCUGUCGAGACAUAUGGUGGUGGAAUUUGGCACACAUGGUUCGAUCGCGACCUGAGUCUGGCUGGCCGUGUGAUUGUGACAAGUGACAAGGAACAGAGUCGAUUCGUCUCGCGUCUUGUUCAUAUUCGACGUCCCUUAUUGCGUGUACCUACGCUGGCUAUCCAUCUGAACCGCUCUGCCAAUGAAGCGUUCAAGUUCAACCAGGAAGACCAACUUCAGCCAAUUAUGGGGCUCGCAGAUAUGUUAAAUCAGCCUAGGUCGACGCCUGACGCCGAUGCUGUGGGCAAGCCCACGAUGGCCAGCAAACAUCACCCUGUCUUACUGGAACUUCUUGCACAGGAGCUCGAAGUGCCUGUGGAGUUUAUCCAAGACUUUGAGCUUUCACUCUUCGACACCAAUGCACCAACGGCGGGCGGUGUAUCGAAUGAGUUCUUGUUUACACCGCGUGUCGACAAUCAAAUGAGCUGUUUCUGUGCGACUGAGGCACUCAUUGCAUCUGUAUUGGAUCUGGAUGCACUCGAUCGUGCAACUAGCAUUCGUGCCAUUGCUUUGUUCGAUAACGAGGAAGUAGGGUCCGUCUCCUAUCAAGGCGCUGAAAGCAAUUUGCUCUGGAGCAUGUUACAUCGCCUUGCGGGACUUCGGGUGAUUGGAGCGCCAGAAUCGACGGCUUCGGCUCAAGACCUGACAGAACAAAGUCUUUCGCGCUCGUUCCUUAUUAGCUCAGACACAGCCCAUGCCGUGCAUCCAAACUAUGCAUCGGUGCAUGAAGAGCAUCUGCGUCCGAAACUGAACGGGGGCCCUGUGAUCAAGACGAAUGCAAAGCAACGUUAUGCAUCGACAGCAGUCACAACGUUCCUCCUACGCCGCAUUGCAAAGAAGGCAGGAGUCCCUUUACAGGAGUUUGAGGUGCGUAAUGACUGUCCAUGCGGUAGUACGAUUGGCCCUAUGUUAUCUAAGGUACGUGUGUCGGAGGAUAAUUGA